CGCGAGAAGCUAGCUAGUUACAAAGUAGCUAGUCUCAAACACACACAUCGCCAGCUAGCUAGCUAGCUAGCCAGGCCAAUCAAGUGAGGAGAGGAAGAACAUGGCGAGUAGUAGGAUUCUGGUGAUAGGCGGCACGGGGAGACUCGGGCGUCACCUCGUGACGGCAAGCCUCGACGCCGGCCACCCGACGGCGGUGCUCGUCCGCCGCCCGGCCACCGCCGGCGCCCGAGCCGACAGCCCCGUCAAGGCCAAGCUCACAGAGGAACUCUGUGACAAUGGAGCCAGACUUGUCUAUGGGGACGUCAACGACCACGAUAUUCUAGUGGCGGCGAUCAAGAACGCCGAUGUGGUGAUCUGCGCUGUUGGUCACACUACGCCGCACAAACUGGUGGAGAACCAGAUUAAGAUCAUGGAAGCAAUCCGGGAUGCUGGCAAUGUCAAGCGGUUCGUGCCAUCUGAAUGUGGAGCUAGCGGAGCAGAUGCUGGAGCCAGCAAGAAGCAUCCUGGGAGCCAAGCUUCGAGUCCGCGAAGCUCUGAGAGCUUCAGGGAUUCCUCACACCAUCGUAUGCGGCUAUCUGGUUCAUGGCUUCCUGCUGCCCAAGGCCGGAAACCCUGAAGCUGAUGGCCCCCCGGUCACCACGGCAACCAUCUUUGGUGAUGGCAAACAAAAAGGUUUAUAUAUGCAUGAAACAUGAUGUAUUAUUUUAAGGGAUUUUAAUUUUCCUAGUGUUUUAUCGUAAAAUUAAUAAUCCCUUUGUCUUGAAAAUAAAGUGAACAAAGAGCUCGUGCCUUUGUUUUCUUUUUUUUUAAAAAAAAUGAAACUAAAGAAAUCAU